GGAUAUUUACGCUGAUGUGGCGCACACGCUCAUGGAAUCUUGCCACACUCGAUAAUUCCUCUACCCUCAACUUGAACUAGUUUUCUUUCUCUCUUUGAGUUUCUAACAAUCAAAGCAAAAACAAAAUCCAUUUCCAUUGUUCUUCUCUUCUCUCUCACCGAUGGCAACCACAUUCACGUUUUUUCAACCCACCGUCAUCCGGGCCUCUGCGGGCUCGCUCGGAAAGCCCGAUCCCAACAACAGGAAGCCCGUUUCUUCCAAUUGGUGGGCCCCUCUGUUCGGUUGGUCCGCUGAGGCGGACUACAUCAGCCCAAAGCCGAGCGGAAAACCGGAUCCAGAGUUGAACCGGCCCGGUUCAAAGUUUGCUGCCGGGUGCUUCACCGAGGAGAAGGCGAAACAGCUGCGGAAGAAAACGGUGGAAACGUCGACGUUUCACGACAUCAUGUACCACUCUGCUAUCGCCUCAAGACUCGCCUCUGAUGUUUCGAAAGGGUACGACAAAUAGAAACUCUGUUCGCACCUUUCCGAUUUUCAAUUCGUCGACUUUACUUCAUUUUUCAAAACUAUUUCAUUUGUUAAUGAUGUGAGACAUUCUGUAAAGUAUAAUAUUUGUGCAUGAUUUGUUUUCUCGUGCU